AUGAAGUGUGUAACGACCCCAUUCAUGGAGAUCUUAUGGGAAGGAACCUCUACGGAGAAGUUCAGGCCCACUAGAGGGACCCGACAAGGAUGCCCUUUGUCGCCCUACCUCUUCACACUCUGCAUUGCGAGGCUGAGCCAUCUUAUUGAAGAGGCAGUGAGUAACGGUAUCUGGAAGCCGAUCCAACUUAUUCGAGGUGGGACGAAACUCACUCACCUGUUUUUUGCUGAUGAUCUUGUUCUUUUUGCAGAAGCCUCACAGGAACAAGUGGAAGUUAUUAUGGAUUGCUUGGACCAGUUCUGCGAUGCCUCUGGAGAGUUGGUGAGCAAGGACAAGUCACGCAUCUACUUCUCCAAGAAUGUGAAGCGAGAUUUGGGUAGAGACAUGCGUAACAGGCUGGGCUUCGCGAUGACGCAGGACCUGUGUCGCUAUCUAGGGGUUCCCGUCCUCCAUGGUCGAGUCAAGAAACAGACGUACCAGUACUUGCUUGAUCGAGUGGAUCAACGCUUAGCAGGUUGGAAAGCGGAGAGCUUGUCCCUCGCCGGUCGAGUCACCCUGGCGCUAUAUGUCCUCAACGGCAUACCGAUCUAUGCGAUGCAAACCUCGGUUCUUCAUGCAGCAAUUUGUGAUCACAUCGAUAGACGUAUCCGCGGGUUUAUCUGGGGAUCGCAAUAA